AGGAGGCGAGGCAGCCGGCGUAUGAUGAACCUCUGACGCACAGAACUCGAUGACGCCACGUGUACGGCAAAGAUGUAACGUGACGAUGGGAUCGUGCGGAGCACCACGUUUUAACUUUUCCGACAAGCACAAAAUCCUCAAUAUCUUUCUACUUCCUCUUACCGAUCUUACCGUGUGCCUCUGCUUCGCAUCAUUCUCAACCCUUCUCUCUCAAACGUAGCUUCAUUGCUUCAUUCACAGUAACGCAUUUCCACUCACUUGGCUACCACAAUCAAAUCAAAACCGAUGCAAAUGCUCUUCUUUUUCUUCUUUUCCGCUUCCUCCUUUCACUGACAUGAAAUUUUCUCGACUAAGCAGCACUCAUUAUCGAUUGGCAAGUUUCAUUGGAAAGACCAACAUAGUUUUUCAUUCUCUUUGUAACGAGUGAAGAGGGAAAUGUCGUUCCACAAUCAAGCAUUUUGGAUGGGAAAGGGUCCUGAAUGUUUGAAUGAUGGUGACAUGGCAAAUGACAAUUCUUCUAGAAUUGAUUCCAAGCGUGCUUGUUCAUGGUUCAUGGAUGACCCUGAUGUGGAUCUGCUUCCCAAUAAGAAACAAGCAGUAGAAGCUCCAAACAAUUUGUUAUCUGGAAUUCUCAACUCGAAUGUUCCUUCCUGGGGAAAUUCCUCAGGAUUUCACUCCUUAAAUGGCCAUUUUGCCGAACAAGUAUUUGCCCCAGAUGCUGUAAAUAUGCCUUUUGAAGAUGCAAAUACUCCCUCUGUUAGCAUAGAUGACAAGCUGAGUGUGGAAAGAAAGGAUAAUAUGGACCCCUUUGGGAGUGGAUCCUCGUUUGGUUUAUCCAUAUCAACUGCAUUAGAAGAUCCUCGUUUAGUUUUUAACUAUGAUGGAAUUAGAAAAGUCAGAGUAAACGAGGUGAAGGGAUCCGAGAAUGUCAUGUCUGUUACUGCAAACAGUCCCUAUGAUAGAGGAGUCAGUGACCCUUUGUCAAAUCCUUGUCUAUACAAGGCUGGUGAUAAUUCCAUAUCAACAAAUCUCAACUAUAACAAAGGGGGAGCCAAUAUGAUAGCAAUGGAUGGUUCCUAUGACAGGACUGAUAACAAUUUCAUGUCAAUGGGUCAAUCCUAUGACAAGGGAAAUGACAGCUUAUCUGUACAUCCAACAUUCAAUGAUAUUUGUAAUACGAUAUCAAUGGAUGAUAGAAAUCUAAUAUCUAUUGCUCAAGCUUACAAUAAGGGUCAUGGCAAUUCUAUGUUAACCAACCAGCUAUACAAUAAGGUCGACAAUGGCACUAUGUCAUCUCAUUACAACUACCACAAGGAGGGUAAUGAUGUGCCAUUCGUUCCACGAUCCUAUGAUAAAGGAGAGAGCACUAUCAUAUGUUUCGGUAACCGUGAGGAUGACACUACUUCCUCAGAUUUGUUUAUUUCUGACUAUGAACUGUUGAUGUGUCAAGCUCUUUCACACAAGUCAGAAGCUGUGAAAGAGAAAGAGUUGGUUGCAUCUAGUUCUAAUUUACUUUCAAGUACAACACAGACAUCUGCACCUGCAACUGAAAAUAUUCUCAGGACAAAAGAGGAGAUAAAAGUGUCUAAGAGGGCUAUUUCAAACAACUUCCCUUCAAAUGUGAGAAGUUUGCUAUCCACUGGUAUGCUGGAUGGUCUCUCAGUAAAGUAUAAGGCGUGGUCACGGGAGAAGGAACUUCGAGGUGUUAUAAAAGGUGCUGGGUAUCUGUGCAGUUGUCACUCAUGUAAUUUUUCCAAGGUUAUUAAUGCAUAUGAAUUUGAGCGACAUGCUGGUUGCAAGACAAAACACCCCAAUAAUCACAUUUACUUUGAUAAUGGGAAAACUAUUUAUGGGGUUGUACAAGAGCUUAGGAGCACUCCAAAGAGCAUGCUGUUUGAAGUUAUUCAGACUGUAACUGGCUCACCUAUCAAUCAGAAAUCCUUCUGCAUUUGGAAAGAAUCUUUUUUGGCUCAAGCAGCAGGGAACUCCAGCACAUAUGUGCAAAGCAAGUAAAACAAUUGUUACAAAAGGAGAAAUUUUGAGUUACAAGAUAGGACAAUCUUUGUUGGUUUCAUAGGAGCAAUCUUUUGAUACACCUUUUGCUGACCGAUGUCAAUGCAUAGGUUUUGAAUCCUUCACCCAUUUGAGAAAAUCGUAGCGAAUUUACCAGACAAAAUGAAAUAUGUAUUGCAAAUUGGAUCAUUCAUGGUAGCUUAUAGUCGAUAAAUUUCAUGAAGGUAAAUUGAUUAUGUUGUCAAGAUCAUUAUUAAUACAACACAAUAUUCUGUGAUGUUCUCAUU